AUGAAUCAUUUGGAAGUAAAAUCUCCAUCAUCAUUAACUCCUUCUUCAUCUACUACAAGUAAUACAUUAAAUACAAGUACUACUACUAUUACAUCUACACCAUCAUCAUCUUCAUUAAAAAAGCCUUCUUCUGUAUUUAUUGCUCAACCUCAUUCAAUUAAAAUGAAAAAUCAAUCAAAUCAAAAUCAUUACCAAAAUAGUAAAGAUGAUGAUUUAUUAAAUAAUAAUACAUCUAAUACAUUAAAUAAUACUAAUAAUACAUUAAAUAAUACAUCAUAUAAUAAUACAUCAAAUACAUCAAAUAAUAAUACAUCAAUUAAUUUUAUUCAUGAAAUUUCAUCACCAAAUAUAUCAUCCAAUAAUACAAAUAAUUUAACAACAGCUAAUUUUAUACCACAUAAUGUAGAACAAGAAAUAGGAGAAGAUGUUUUAUUUGGCUAUACUGAUUUAACUAGAAUAGAAUUACCACCCUUAUCUAAAAGACCAUUUUACAAAAAAGGAAUAUUUAAAAUAUUUUAUUUAUUUUAUUAUUUAUUUAAAAUGAUAAUAUUUUUAUUUAAAUUUUUAAUUUCAUAUAUUGGAUUAAUUAAUCAUCAAAGUAAACAAAAAAAACAUUGUAAAAUAUUAUUAGAAGAAAAAGUAGAAAAUUAUAAAGAAUAUAAAGAAAUUUCACUAUAUUUAGAUCAAUUAGAAGGAUUUGAUUUAUGGAAAGCAGAAAAUGAAUCAAAAUAUUAUAAUUAUGAACAAAUUGAAUCUAUAAAUUAUCAAUUAAUUGCCAUGUUAAGAAAAAAAGAUAUACACGGAUUACAAUGGUUAUUAAGAGCACAAUUACAUCGAAAUAUUGCUGGAAUUUCACAUGUUAAAUUAUAUGAAUGUCAUACUGGAACUAAACAAUUAAUUGAAGAAUAUAUUGAAUUGGUUUCAAAGGCUUUAAUUUUCAUUAAGGAAUCAACAAUGCAAUUAUCAUUGGAAGAUAAAUUAAAAUUCUUCAGAGAUACUUCACAUGCCUAUGGAAGAAGUGCUCUAUUAUUGAGUGGAGGUGGUGGUUUAUCAAUGUAUCAUUUGGGUGUUAUUAAAUCUUUAUAUGAUGCAAAAGUUUUACCUAAUAUAAUAAGUGGAUCAAGUGCAGGAUCAAUAUUAGCAUCCGUUCUAGCAACUAGAAAAGAUGAAGAUAUUGCCAAAUGUUUUGAAAGUGAUGGAUUUAAAUUGGAUGCAUUUGGUGGUAGUUCAGAUACACCAGAGAGAAGUGCCAUGAGAAAAUUGAAUAGAUUUCUAAAUAAUGGAGUAAUAAUGGAUGUUAACAAAUUAGCACAAUGUAUUAGAGAGAAUAUUGGUGAUUUAACAUUUGAAGAGGCUUACAAAAUAAGUGGAAGAGUUUUAAAUAUAACUGUUAGUGGAUUGGGCGGCUAUCAGACACAUGAGGGUUUAUUAAAUUAUUUAACUGCUCCAAAUGUUUUAAUUUGGUCUGCUGCAUGUGCUAGUAGUUGUAUACCAGGUUUUUAUAAAGCAGUACCAUUAAUGGCUAAAGAUAGAGAUGGUAAUAUAAUACCUUAUCAUAAUUUUCCAAAUCAAAAAUAUCAAGAUGGAACAUUAUUUAAUGAUUUACCAAUAACAAGACUUGCAGAAUUAUUUAAUGUUAAUUUUUAUAUUGCAAGUCAAGUUAAUCCACAUGUGUUACCAUUUAUAACAUCAUCAUCUUCAUCACAAAAUAAUGGAUCAAUUAUUUCAAAUAUUAUAAAUUUAUGUUUAUCUGAAAUUAAAUAUAGAAUUGGACAAUUAUAUAAUUAUGGAUUAAUACCUGAAAGAUUUAGAUGGUUUGAAUUGGUUUUAUCACAACCUUAUCAAGCAGAUAUUACCAUUGUACCAACUAAAUUAAAUUUAGAUAAUUUUAAAAAGAUUUUAUCAAAUCCAACUGCUGAAUAUAUUAAAUCUGCAAUUAAUCAAGGUUUGAGAAAAACCUAUCCACACAUGAAUAGAAUUGAAAAUAUGUUAAAAAUUGAAUUUACACUUGAUAGAUGUUUAAGAGAGGUCAGAAGAGAUUUAUUUAAAAAUAGUCCAAAUGUUGCAAUGAGAUUAUCAAAAUCUUCAUCUUUAUUCGAUUUGGAAUCUGAAGAUUUUAUUCAACAAGAUGAAGAUGAAGAAAAUGAUGGAAAUGGAUAUGGAAAUAUUCAUUCUUCUAAUCAUACUUCUACUACUAAUUUUAAUAAUGGAAUGAUGACGACGAUGAUGGAUGAAGAAGGAUCAUCGCUUGUAUCAACCAGCAAUACAACAGUAAGAAGAAAUUUAUUACACGAAGUAAAUCCAUAUACUAUUACUAGAAAAUUUCAAUAA